UUUGCCUAACUUUUGUUCAUGAGUUCAUUCUCUUAUCACUAAACUUCUAUAUAUCUACGAAGUAGGAAGUUAGAAACGCUGUGGACCCAAUUUGUUUCUUAAUUCUCAUCUUUCCCUCUUCUCCUAACCGGCUCCCGAGUCCCGAUUCCCAAGUCCUGAGUCCUGAGUCCCGAGUCCCGAGUCCCGAGUCCCGAGUCCCGAGUCCAGAGUCCAGAGUCCAGAGUCCCGAGUCCCCAACACCUGACGCUACCCCGGCCAUCGCUCCGGCGGAUCUACCAGCCAGUCUCUCGAUAGAUCAAUUUAAAUAUUCAAUAUUCAAGAAAGAGGAACGGAGCUGGAGUCUCUACAGGAAGCCCCCUCUUUGAAGGCUCCUGGGAACGGGCAGAUACGGUAUAGAUCACCAUCAUCUGCAGAACUCCUGGAGGGGCAGAAUCAUUCUCACCCUCUGUCCGAUCCCGAUCAAUUGGUUCAUCUGGAGAAGAUGUUGAAGCGCACGAGACAGGAGUCGUUCUCUGACAAGCUGUACAAGUUCCGCGGUGUCAUCCUCGUUGUAUCCGUGCCUCUUCUCCUCACUUCCUUUGUCCUCCUCUUCAUGCCCCGUUCCUCCUCUGAUGACGGCAUCAUCUCGAUGGAAGCUGGCAACCGCCGGGCCUCCUCUAAUGAUCCGAGAUCGUCUCCUUCUCCCCACGGAUCUAAGAGCUAUGCUGCCAUCUUCGACGCCGGAAGCUCCGGUAGCAGGGUCCACGUCUAUUGUUUUGAUGAAAAUUUGAAUCUUGUUCCCAUCGGGAAAGAGCUCGAACUCUUCGUUCAGAAAAAACCGGGUUUGAGCUCAUAUGCCCACAAUCCCCAUCUGGCCGCAGACUCACUACAGUCUCUUUUGGAUCAAGCAGAAAGUGUUGUUCCCCAAGAGUUGCGCCACAAGACACCAGUGAGAGUAGGGGCAACGGCAGGUCUGAGGGCCUUGGAAGGUGACACAUCUGACAGAGUUUUGCAAGCGGUUAGGGAUUUUCUUGAAGACAAAAGUUCCUUGAAAUCAAAACCAGAUUGGGUCACUGUCCUCGAUGGAACUCAGGAGGGUGCCUUUCAGUGGGUUACGAUAAACUAUCUUUUGGGGAAUUUGGGAAAGAAAUACUCAAAUACAGUUGGAGUAGUUGAUCUUGGAGGUGGGUCUGUCCAAAUGGCAUAUGCAAUCUCACAAAAGGAUGCUGCAAAGGCUCCACAGAUAUUGAAGGGAGAGGGCACAUAUGUUAAAGAGCUUUUUCUCAAGGGAACCAAAUAUUAUCUUUACGUCCACAGUUACUUGCAUUAUGGUUUAUUAGCAGCUCGGGCUGAGAUUCUGAAGGCUGUGGAAGGCUCUGGAAAUCCAUGCAUCUUGAACGGAUAUCAUGGAUUGUACAAAUACGGGGGUACUGCAUAUGAAGCAUUCACAUCUCCAUCAGGUUCCAACCUUGGCAAUUGCAGAGAGGCUGCCAUCAAGGCUCUCAAAGCUAAUGAAUCAACAUGUACACACAUGAAGUGCACAUUUGGUGGCGUAUGGAAUGGUGGUGGUGGGGAUGGACAGAAAAAUCUUUUUGUAGCUUCAUUUUUCUUUGACAGGGCUUCUGAGGCUGGUUUUGUAGACCCCAACCUUCCGGUUGCAAAAGUUCGACCUGUGGACUUUAAGGAUGCAGCUAAACGUGCUUGUGAAACCAGUCUUGAGGAUGCAAAAUCCACAUAUCCACACGUUGAAGAGGAGAAUCUACCUUACCUAUGCAUGGACCUUGUCUAUCAGUUCACGUUGCUUGUAGAUGGGUUUGCCCUAGAUCCGUGGCAAGAGAUCACAUUGGUGAAGAAAGUAAAGUAUGGGAACGCACUGGUUGAAGCAGCAUGGCCACUUGGUAGUGCCAUUGAAGUUGCAUCCUCAUCAACAUGACUGGAACAAGUUCUGGGGGAACUGGUUUCAUUUUGCAUCGGCAGUUCUUGAGCACAACAAUCAAUGUUUCUAUAAUUCUCAGAUGCCGCAGAUUAGAUGUCAUUAGAUUCAUCACAGGAUCGGGUUAGAGUUGCAUCAGAUAGAGAACUGAAUUUUUUGGGGGGGGGAUCAAAUUUUGAGAAGCAGAGAAAAAUAUGUUUACUCAUUUUCGAUUUGUAUUAUAAAUUUGUUACUUUCUAAAGAAAAUUGAGAGCGAUUGUUUCAUUUAUGA